AUGAAUGCGGAGUCCCUGUGGGCGCAUGUCGUCCACUAUGGCUACCCGGCGUUGAUCGAGAUUCUAACGAGCGACUUUCCCACAGUCCUCUUUGCAGCAGCCUUGGUCGCCAUUGAAGAGCCCGAUAGAGCCAAAGUAUUCGCAAUGGCGAAGAGAAAGGCCGAGGAUGUCGAAAUUGAUCCAACGCCCCCCAAAAGGAAAGUUCGCGAAAGCAAUGGCUCAGAAUCUGAUAGACAUCACUUCCGCCCAGGGCUAUUCGACAAAGCAGCAACUGCAAAGCAACGUGGGCACUAUGAUGCUUCUACUCCCUACAAGCAUGGCGUCAUUCCAGAUCUUAUCGAUCCUGCGUUACUUCGAAAAGUUCGCUCUGAAGUUCAAGGCAACCUCUCGUUCACGCCAAAAGAGACAGACAUCUACAAGAUUCAUCAGUCUGGAGACCUAGCUAAUCUUGAUGGGCUUGAUGAUGCCUCUCUCAGGCUUUUACCUUCGCUCAAAGAAUUGCGUGAUGCUAUGUAUUCGCAGGAUUUCAGAAGAUAUCUGUGUGAGGUCACCGGCUCCUCUGCUGUGUCAGGCAAGAAGACCGAUAUGGCUAUCAAUGUUUACACGCCUGGCUGCCACCUUCUUUGCCAUGAUGACGUGAUUGGAACAAGACGCAGAAUGGGGGGCGCACUCAGACUUUUUCCUACAAACCAUGUGAAAGACAAGGAAGGCCAUGAAUUGCUUGUGCCAUCUCCUGAUCACACUGUGUCCAUACCUCCUGCCUUUAAUCAAUUGAGUUUCUUCGCCGUCCAGCCUGGACAAAGCUUCCAUGACGUAGAAGAAGUGUAUCCCAGGUCAAUUGAGGCGAAUCAUGAAUCGGAUGAUGCAAGAACACGCAUAGCAAUAAGUGGAUGGUAUCACAUUCCUCAGGAAGGUGAGGAUGGCUACAAUGCAGGCGAAGAGGCCAGCAUAGCGGAGAAGAGUAGUCUAGCUCAACUUCAAGGAACAGCAGAUGUCCAUGAUAGACCGCAACAAUGCAUUGUGACAUAUCCAGAUGACUUGAAAGCAGACACAGAGCAAGCAAUUGCUCCAGAUUUGACUGAAGCCGAUCUCGACCAUCUUUUGAAAUUUCUGGCUCCAACGUACUUGACGCCUGAUACCUUGGAGACAGUGAAUAGCACAUUCAUCGAUGACUGUUUUAUCACUCUGGACCAAUUCUUCUCCAGAACUUUCUCUUCAAGAUUGUAUGACUAUAUUACUUCGCUGCCCAGGAGUGAGGAUGACGCUCAGUGGGAUGUUGCUCGUCCUCCUCAUAAGCACCGCUUCUUGUACCAACGGGAGCCCUCGACAAAGUCUCCAAUGCAAGAAAUUCUGGACGACCUCAUACCUUCGUCCGCUUUUCGGAAAUGGCUCUGUCUGGCUACGGGUCAACAACCCUUGUCACACGAUUCCAUAGCACGUCAAUUCCGCAGGGGUUACGAUUACACCUUAGCUCAAGGAUAUGAGAAAGAUGAACCGCGGCUUGAAAUCUGCCUUGCCAUCACGCCCUCUUUUGUGUCUCCUACACAAGUUGCAGAAAGCUCACCGACUGGCAGCACGAAAGCUAAGGAUGAUGCAUCGGCAUCUAAUGUCGAAGAGUCUGGUGAGGAGACAGAAGUCGGCGGCUAUCUAGCCUACAUGGCCACUGACGAUGCGGAAGAUGGAGACGAAGGAAGUGAUCCUGGAGUCACAGUACCGGCGGACAUGAGCACUGGAGGGCGAGCGACAAAAGCUCGAAAGUUGAAAGCAGAUCCCGCAAUCUAUCAAGCGCAAGAUGACGAUGAUGACGCCGUGCUGUUCACGAUGCCGAUGGGAUGGAAUAAGCUUGGAAUCGUUCUCCGAGAUAAUAACACCAUGCGGUUUGUAAAGUAUCUCAGCAAAAGCGCGAAGAGUGACCGGUGGGAUAUCGUUGGUGAAUUUCAGAUCGAAGAACAGCCCGAAGAGGAAGAUAAGUUAGGGGAAGACCUUGAUGCUGAAGGUGAGCAAAGUGAUGAAGUCGAGACUGAAAUUGAAGGUGAUGUAAAUGAAAGCACUGACGAGUCUGAUGAUUGA